GAGCUAGUCCCCCAGCCUGGCUCAACCGUCUCCACGAUUGCCCUGCGUUUACUCCUCCCUCACCAUGAAUCCCUCAAUCCUCCUCUUCCUCCUCUUCUCCUGUCUCCAUCUUUCCUUCUCCGUCUCCGAACCUUACACCGCCAUCUUUAGCUUCGGCGACUCGCUCGCCGACACCGGUAACCACCUCGUCAAUGGGCCCAAUCCCAUCCUCUCCACCACCCAUCCCCCUUAUGGCAUGACCUUCUUUCGCCGCCCCACCGGCCGCUGCUCCGACGGACGCCUGGUGAUAGACUUCAUCACCGAGGCCUUUGGGCUCCCACUGCUUCCCCCAUCUAAAGCUCACAACACCGACUUCCAUCAGGGAGCCAAUUUUGGCAUCACCGGAGGCACGGCUAUGAGCUUCGGCUACUUCCACGAGAGGGGCCUCGACAGCACCGUAUGGGUCAACGGUUCCCUCGGCGACCAGGUCGAUUGGUUCGAGGACAUGAAGCCCUCUCUCUGCAGCUCACCGGAAGAAUGCAAGGACUACUUCAGUAGAUGCCUCUUUGUCGUCGGCGAGUUCGGAGGAAACGAUUACAACGCCUUCUUCUUCGCCGGCAGGGACAUCCAAGACGUGAGGGCCAACGUGAACAUAAUCGUCGGAGGCAUUAUAAAGGGUGUGGAGAGGUUGAUAAACCACGGGGCGGUGGAUCUGGUGGUGCCGGGGGUUUUUCCCAUAGGAUGCUUCCCGUUGUACAUGAAGCUGUAUGGUACCGGUCAGAAGGAGGAUUACGGCCACCGGAGCGGAUGCAUCAGGAAAUUUAACAGUUUGGCUUGGCACCACAAUGAAAAGCUCCGGAUGGAAUUGGAGAAGCUCCAGAAGAUGUACCCAUGGACGAGGAUUGUCUAUGCGGAUUACUAUGGUGCAGCAAUUCGAUUUAAUUUCUCUCCUAAUAAAUUUGGAUUUACCCACGGGGCUAUGAAAGCUUGUUGCGGGGAUCGCAGCAAAUAUAAUGUCAACAUGGAUGCGAGGUGCGGCACAUCGAACGCAACCGUGUGCCAUGAUCCCGAAACAUAUGCAAGUUGGGAUGGAGUUCACUAUACCGAAGCUGCUCACCGCUUCAUUGCCAAAG